AGAACCACCCACAUGAUUAUCCUCUCCUUUCUGUCUCACAUGCACUUGACCUUGUCCUUAAAUCUGACACGGCCUGACCUUGUGCCGCUUGGGUUUGUCUACGUGUUGUGCCGUUACCUGAGCCCAUGGAUUCUGGCGAUAGUGACUCCUUGAUAGUUAUCGGAGCCGGGCUCGGCAGAACUGGUACAAAUAGCUUAAAAGUCGCCCUCGAGGUUUUACUUAAAGGGAAUUGUUACCACCUGAAGGAUUUAUACAAGAAGAGAAGUCGCGAUGUUGCGAAAUGGAAUGAACUUGAUAAGCGAUUGGCGAGCUCAUCAGAUGGCAGACUUGAUGUUUCACUAUGCAAAGAAAUAUUUUCUGGCUAUAUUGCCGCCGUUGACCACCCUGUGUGCGCUUACUACAAAGAACUACUAGCUUUAUACCCUGAUGCCAAAGUCAUUUUAACGACUCGCGAUCCGGAAAUAUGGCUACAUGGAGUCCGAUCAACGAUUCUUCCGCGUGAUUUGUUCUCCAAUCGCCCUUGGUCCUUCUAUUUCAUCCGUAGCAUACUCGGCCUCAAACCACUGCACGAAUUGUACCUAGGGAGCUGGAGACGCGUUUUCGGUCAAGGUGUGGAUUUCAGCUCAGACACGGCAAUGUUAAACGGAUUCAUUCGAUGGACAGAUUCCGUCAAGGAAGCGGUUCCCACUGACCGGUUGCUAGUGUAUGAUAUUUCCAAAGGCUGGGAGCCUUUGUGCACUUUCCUACAUGUCCCUGUACCGGAUAGUCCGUUUCCUCACGUGAACGAGUACAAAGAACUACGCAGACUGAUUAAAUUAGAGCGAAGGUCAACCAAAUUGUUACAAUGGGGCUUUCCGGUCUUGCUCCUUAUCCUUCUGGGUAUUUUUCUUUACCACCUCUGGGGAUGA